CCCUAAAACUGCUCAGCCCUGAACGGCCUUCGCUGCGAGGCGAGCCGGUGGGCUGGGCGUCCUGACUGCGGACCUUGUAAAGCCCGUAGCCCCGGGGCCCGCGCCCGUCGGCCGAGCCGGCCGCUGCCUCCGAGCGGAGCCUGCGUUUGAAUGACUCAGCAGCAUUCAGAGGCUGCUGAGGCUGGGAUGUGCUCGAGCCGUGGCUCUUCCGUGCGGGCAGGCUUAGGUCGGGACCGCACACAUGCUGCCUUUUUGAGACCGCAGGGACGUUUUUCUGGGGAUAACGGAUGCAGCGGUUUGCGCCCAUCGAUUCCCGGUUCUCCCUUAAUCAAGUGGACGUUGGCCCUCGUAGCCUUGGCUUUGGGAGGGAAAGGGUGGGAAGCCAAGUGGGUCCUUGUAUCCUGUGAGGAUUGGGAGUUGGGGUGGGGGGGGGAGUGGGUGCCACGAGACGGCACUGGCCCAGAAAACAAGGUCACGUUCUCUGCGCAACAGCCGGGUUGCCUCAUCCUUCUUGGCACCGGCGGCGUAUGUGGGGGCAGCCGGCCUGCCUCCGGUACCUCGUGCCUGAUCAGAUUGUACCUGGGCACAAUCAAGAAGGACGGAGGCCUUUUUCCCUCUCCGUUUGGAACCCCGGGUUAUGUAAUUGGAUCUCGUGUAGGCAGUGUGGAGGAACCGAGAAGAAAUAUUAAGGUGAUCGUGGAGAAGGCUCCUAAGGCCAGGGUGCCUGAUCUGGACAAGAGGAAGUACCUAGUGCCCUCUGACCUCACUGUUGGCCAGUUCUACUUCUUAAUUCGGAAGAGGAUCCACCUGAGACCUGAGGACGCCUUAUUCUUCUUUGUCAACAACACUAUUCCUCCCACUAGCGCUACCAUGGGCCAGCUGUAUGAGGACAACCAUGAGGAGGACUAUUUUCUGUAUGUGGCCUACAGUGAUGAGAGUGUCUAUGGGAAGUGAGUGGUGGAAGCCCACCCGAUGGGAGCACCUGGACUCGGGGGGAGGGGGAGGGGUGUGUGGGGGACUCGGGGAAAGAGGGGGGGCUCCCGCCACAGAGGAAACAGAAGGUGAAGACAUCUGGAAACACUGCAACGCACACACCGUCAUCAUAUUUUCACCUGCUCAACCAUUAUUUUUUGCUGCUUCCUCAGCCCAGGGAGAAAGCAUGUCAGGACAGAGCUGUUGGAUUUGCUUUGCUAGAGGAAUGGAGAUGAUCUAAUUUCACGGCAUUGCUGUGAAUUAAUUUUUGUGUGAAUUUUUUCCAUAGAAGAGUCAGGAGGUGGGCGAGUUGGGGCCAGAGAUGAUUGUGGACCAGCACCAACUGCCUGCUCUCCCUUCCCUUUGGGCAAGGAUUCAGUUUUUGACAUUUGCACAAGACAGGUAGGGGAAGGGGAUGGGAAUGUUGUAGGACUACUGGUGGUGGACCACUCCUGGGGACCAAAAGAGACACUAAUUAAAGCGUGGCGCCCGCUCUCGCCUGUCUCCAUACCUCCUCCCCCGUCCCAGUCGUCAUCUCACACAAACAUUGCAGCACCGUCCCAGUGCUGGUGAUAGACAUCAGACAGAAGUGUAGCCGGAGCUCCCUUACUAUCGGAGAAGGGGCCAGGCGUGAAGGACAUGGUGGUUAUGAAGGUAGUUUCGAUAGCAGUAACUGGAAUCGAUGAAGUAGUGAACAUCUCUGUCUCACCUGCUCGCUCUCGCCCCUUGUCCCACACCUACCUUGGACUUGAAGGAGCCGCAACCAUUUCCAGUCACAGGUUAAAGGGAUGCCUCCCUCCCUGCUGUCCCCUCAGCCUCACACGCACAGAAACGCUCAGCGAUGGCCAGCUGCUUCCCUCCUCGGGUUUUUUAUUUACUGCAGCUGCUAGUUAGAAAAGUUUGAGUGGGUGACUUGUAGUAAUUCAUGGGGAUUCCGUUGAUUCUGAUUGUUUUCACUUUAGGGGUUAUACGGGUGGGGGGUGGGGAACAGGAAUUGCACUCAGACAUGACAUUUCAGUUCAUCUCUGCUAAUGAAAACGGUCCUUCCUGUGGGGGAAAUCUGUGUGUCAAUUUUGUCAGCUGCAGGUUCUUGUAUAAUGAAGAUUAUGCUGUCAGGCCAAGGAAAUAAAAUAAUUGCAUACCGUAAAUCUCA